AUGCCUGAACCAGCCAAACCCGCGCCCAAGAAGGGCUCUAAGAAGGCCGUCACCAAGACCGCCGUUAAGGGAGGAAAGAAGCGCAGAAAGUCCAGGAAGGAGAGUUACGCCAUCUACGUGUACAAAGUGCUCAAGCAGGUCCACCCCGACACCGGCAUCUCUUCCAAGGCGAUGGGCAUCAUGAACUCUUUCGUCAACGACAUCUUCGAGCGCAUCGCCGGUGAGUCGUCUCGUCUCGCGCACUACAACAAGCGCUCCACCAUCACGUCGAGAGAGAUCCAGACCGCCGUGCGUCUGCUGCUGCCCGGUGAACUCGCCAAACACGCCGUGUCCGAGGGCACCAAAGCCGUCACCAAGUACACCAGCUCCAAGUAAAGCGCCGCUUUCAUCCGCCGCACACAAAGGCUCUUUUAAGAGCCACACACUUAAUCCUUUAAAAGAGAUUCUUGUUAUUGUAAGCAUUUACUGUGUAUGUGUAUUAUCAUUUAAAUUAUGACGCGUAUAAAAUGGCAACCAAUCGUUUUAUCAUAAAGAAAUCAUGUUUUAAAGUAAAUAUAAGGUUUGACUUUAGUUAUUGUUGGACGAUUAUCGCAGAAGGUGACGGUAUUGUACCGGAUAUAAACUAUCAGAGUUCGGUCUUCACCUGUUUUAAGGCUGAAAUACACUACAAGACUUUUGCUCAGUUUUCAGUCUGGACUUGUUACAGAAAGUCUGUGUCAGUCUGCAGAUUUGAUCAGUUUGUGUUUCUAUCUGAAACUUUAAUAAAGUCUGAAAGUGUUUGAUGUCUAGUUGAGAUUCUUGUAGUGUUUUAAAGACAUAGAGGUGUUUUAUCAUCACACACAGUCAUGUCAUCUAUAGUAUUUAUGAUCAACAUCUCUCUUCACUGCUCUUGUGUUUGAUCUUCAUACAAAACUAAACAC